GAGCCUCACAGUACACAGGCAGGGUCCCGGGACAAGUACUAUGUAGUAGUAGUAGUAGUAGCAGUAGUAGUACUUGUAGAAGUAAUUUUAGGUGGUAGUAUUGGACAAAGUGGAUUGACAAUUGGAUUAACAUUUUUUAUUCCAGUCAGGAUGUCUGUGAAGCUGAAGUUUGACUCCCCCGCAGACGGAGGGCUCAUCUCCAGGACUCGCUCCUUCACUGGACUCAGCUCUCUGUCCGGGCGCAGGCGGAGCUCUUCUGUUCGAAACUCCCUUCGCUCCAAAUCUGGAUCUGGAACUACAUCGCCCAGAACGCACCUGUCCCCAACUCGAGGGGGCGGAGUCAUGUGGUCCACGCAGCCGGAGCAGGUGGACAGGGUUUUCCUGGCGCUACGCAAAGGCCUCAAGGAGUAUCUGGAAGGGCAUCAGAUUGAAAUGGACUUCUUGACAGCUCAACAGAGGGAGACCAAGAGGAACUCCAGGCUGGCCUUUUUGUAUGAUCUGGAAAAGGAGAUCAGAGCGCUGGAAAGAUACAUCCGAAGACUAGAGUUUCAAAUUAGCAAGGUGGAGGAGCUGUAUGAGACGUACUGUAUCCAAUGGAGGUUGUGUCAGGGGGCGGUGAACAUGCGCAGGGCCUUCUCACUCUCCCCCUCCACCCGGGCGUCCAGAGAGAGCCUGAUGGAGCUGAGCCGCAACCACAGACUCAGCCUACAGGACAUGUCCUCAAUGGAGGGCGAGUUGGAAAUUCUUCUGGGAGAGCUGCAGAUCAAAAUGAAAGGUCUGAUCGGCUUCGCUCGGCUCUGCCCCGGAGACCAGUACGAGGUGGUGGUGCGUUUGGGUCGUCAGCGAUGGCGGAUCAGAGGCAAGAUUGAAUCAGAUGAUACUCAGACCUGGGACCACGAGGAGAUGGCCUUUCUCCCACACAUCAACCACAACUUCCACAUCAAGGUAACAGAAGCUAAAGGACUGGGUUGGCAGUUGGUGGGCAGUGUGACAUGUGCCAGUGCUGACUUUUUUGUGUCCAAACCACGCCUGAUGUUGGUGGACAUCACUGAACUGGGGACUAUUAAACUACAGCUAGAGGUCUCCUGGAAUCCGUUUGACAGCGGUGAGAAGAUGAAGCCUUUGUCCGUCAGUCGUCAGUCUGUGUCCAGCAGAAAGAGCUCCGUGUACAGCUGGACCGCACCCAACACCCCCUCCUUCACCGAGAAGUACUUCAUGUCUAUGGUGCGAGAGCUUCAGGAUACAGAGGGAUUGCUGCCCUCUCUGGUGCCCAAGUCCCGCCCCCCUCGAGGAGGCGUGUCCCUGCUGAGUUACCUGUCCCACCAAUCACACACCUCGAUACCGUCCAGCCACAGCCCGCACAGCAGCAGCACACCCAUCCUGAACAGGACACACAGUUACCCGUCCAGCCCCAGUCCUGGCACCAGUUUGGGGGACAGCCGCUCCCAGCUGUCCCUGGAUGGAGAGUCAGUGAGGGAGUCCCCAGAGGAGGGCAGGACGAGGAGGAGGAGUGAAGAAGAGGAGGAGGAAGAAGAGGAGACAUGGGCCAGGUCUACCACUCCAGACCAAAGCACCACAGGCUCACUGCUGCUGGAGAGAUGCAGCACUCCUGACAUUCUGAAGAAGAGCACAGUGGGAGAAACGGACUCUGUCAGCCCUGUGAUAUCUCAGGAAGUACCAGUCUCCAAGCCCCUCUCUUCCCCACAGCUUCCUGAGGCCAAAGACUCCUCGCCCACAAACCCUGCUCCUAACCCGAGUAAAACUGUGACCGUGGUCCAGCGCAGAGCCCUGUCCCGCAGACUGGGGGCGCUCAUCGCUCAUCUGGAGAAGAGUCUGCAGAAGAACAGCUCCACAGAGAAAGAACUGAGGGCGCUGGACCAUCACCUGCUGCACCUGGCCACUAUACUCAAGAAUGACCUGUCUCUGCUGAGGAGCUCGUGCUCUGAGGAGACUCUGGCGGAAGUCUUGGGCAGUUUUGAUUUUUUAUCCCACGACCUGAAUGCAGACGAGGACAGCAGCUCUUGUCUGGGCAGCAUCAGGCUCAAAGACUCAGGCAUCAGUUCGUUUAAGGAGAGCACCUUGAGGAGCCUGGGCCUCCUUCCUCAGGACACAUCCUCACAGGAGGAGCUGGGGGUCACCCCACUGACUUCUGGGAACUGGAGUCUGGACCAGGCCCUGGAGACUCACCUGGACAUCUGCUGCAGCCUGCUCCAGGUGCUGCGGGUGACGGACAACGCCUCCUCCAAGCAAGACCUUUUAGAAGAGGUGUCACUCCAAACCGAGGCCCUGGACAAAAUCAACUCCCUGCUGCUGCAAAAGAAUGACGACAUCUCAGCUAAAGACAUCUUACCAAAAGCUCAGAAAACCCGGGACCUGCUGCAGUUCUGGGAGGAGUGCACCGACGAUGCCAUGUCCGCUCCCUUCUGUUGCCAUGCCGACAGCUUCUCCCGAUCCCUGCGGAAACGCUACACACACAUGAAGGCCAAGCAGCCUGGCCAAUCAGAGAGAGUCUUUGCUGAGCUGGUCCAGCAGGUGGCGUCGGUGUGCAGAGCUGUGCCCAGCCCCUGGUCCUCCUCCAGCCCACAGAGACUCACUGUGUUCCAGCUGUCCCUCUACAUGAAGCGCUGGAACAUCUCUGACCUGGGGGAGCACAUCUCACAGCUCUCCAAAGAAGAGUACAUCUUGUGGUCUCUGCGGGGGCUGAAGAGGAGGAAGGCUCUGAACAAACUGAAGCAGAGACACUUCUCAGAGCUGCUCCCCCUGAGACAGACGCUCCACACUCUGAGCUCUCUGCAGACUGACCCCCAUCAUAAAGUGUGUAAGGCUGCAGCCAACUGUCUGAGCAGAGCCGCCAACAACAAGAGCUUUAGGAGCAAGGCAGUGGUUUACUUCACCGAGAGUCUGAAGAGCUCUGACGCUCUGGUCCAGCAGUGCUCCUGUCUGGCUCUCAAAUGUCUCAGGGCAACAGAGAGUGUGGACUACAUCGCAGAAUUAUGGAGAUCAACCAAUGAAGAUGUGCGCAGUGCUGCCAGAGAAACAGUCCUGUCCUUUGGUAAGAAGGGCCACGCUGCGUUUCAGAAGAUGGAUCAGAUCGACAGUGAGCUGCAGGAGGAGGCUUACAGGAACUUAGAGACAGAGAUCACCAUUUUGUAGAUGCCACGUUAAGGCUGGUUCAUGAUCCAGAGUCAAAUCUACACGAUGGAAAGCUCUGUGACGCACCCAGCAGCCAGUCAGAAAGCUUGCCAUGUUGUUUUUCCACCAAUCGUAAGGGCUGUGAUUGGUUGAUACACAAAGACCAGAGGCAGCUGAUAGGCUCUAGUCACACUUACAUCAUAAACCAAGAAAAACUUUUGGAAACAUGCGAUGACAACUUCUGGUGGGUUCUGUCUGACAAAAUCUAGGAGAAAUGAGAAAAUGGUCCAGUUUUCUUCAUCUACAUAACACUGUAACGUUCCGUUAUGUUCGACUAAUCAACAAUUACACCCAUACCACAGUUUUCAUCAUUUCCCCACUGACACACAACUCCAAGCACACGAGGUACAUGUGAUUAGAAGAGAUGAGGGCGCCAAAUCCAAUAUUAUUCCAAACAGCACAUACGUCUGCAGACUUCCGCUGAUCACAUUUACUGUAUUUUUCCGAAUAUAAGGUGCAUUUAAAAGCCUUUAAUUUCCUCAAAAAUUUACAGUCGCCUUAUAAUUCUGUUGUGCUUACUGACCUACAACUGAUUUUAUGUUGUACACGGUGCUCAAAAAUCUGUCAAAAUGUUUUAGUACGACUUUGGUAAAAUAUGAAGCUGCAACACUUGAUGGAUUGUCGGAGCAUUACAGCUACCACAGUCAGGAGCCUCAUGGAGUCCAACAGAAGCUGAACCGCAUCAGCUCACAAGGCGCGAGCUGUUUUUUCAGAGCUUAUAGUUUAUGCAAAUGAGAAGGUGGUCUUAAGUUUUGUUUCUGUAAAACGUAAACAAAUGUGCGCAAAGCUGCAUUAAACACAUUACUACUCAAUGCAUAUUUGAGUCCUCCUCAUAGGAAGUAAAAAAAAAACAACAACUUAAAUUAUCCACCCACAUUCACAUUCAUCAUACACAUUCACCAAGACAGGGAGGCAACACCAGGCGAAUUACGCCACGAUCUGCCAAUGGAUCGGGACGCCUGAGCUAAGGGAUCAGUCUCAAGCGUCGUCCGUUUGUUUCGUUUAAUGCGCCUUAUAAUCUGGUGUGACUUAUGUAUGAAAAUAGAUGAGAGAAUUCAACAUUAUUGAUAUUGUGCCUUAUAAUCCGGUGCAUCUUAUAGUCCGAAAAAUACAGUACUUCAGAGGGUUUUAUCACAAUCAGUCGACGAGCCCUGUGUCCGGAAGUACACCAGAAGUUGUCACUACAUGUUUCCAAACGUCUUCAUGGUUUGUGACGAAAUCGUGAAUAGAACCUGUUAAAAACAGCUCAGAGCAGCUAAAGUCUGGCACAGAAAUGUCUGUAUAUGAGCCUAAGUGAUUGUUAUGAUUGUUUAUUGUCACAGUAAAUGAAAAACUAAUUCCCAUGAUGCACCUGAGCCUGGAUUAGCUCUGCAGAAGCUCAUACAGUUGAGGUCUGACGUGGGCCUGAUGCUGGAUGGUUUAUAAUCCAGUCUUUAGAAGGAAACAGGAAGUGACAGAGGAAGUACAAGAAAUGAAGCUGCACUGAAGAAGAAGAAAUGUGAAUGUUUUAAAUUGUUUCUAUUUGAAAGAAAAUUUUUUGAUAGAAAGAGAUGGAUUUGAUGAAGCUUUUUAAGAUGGUACAAUUCAUUAAAGACAGCCAGGAAUAAGACAUAUUAUUAUAAACGCUGAACAAUACAAAUUUUUGCAUCGGUACACCCCAUAAGAGCUGCAGUAAACCAGGACUAGACCAGGACUGAAUCAGGACUGAGCCAGGACUGAACCAAGACUGAACCAGGACUGAACCAGGACUGAACCAAGACUGAACCAGGACUGAACCAGGACUGAACCAAGACUGAACCAGGACUGAACCAGGACUGAACCAAGACUGAACCAGGACAUGUCUAGACAUCACAAUUUCAUUCUUUCGUAAAUUUUCUUCUAAUGUCAAUUUAAGAGUAUAAUGCUUAAGUAUUAUUUUAGGAUUUAAGAUUUUAACUAUUUUGUGAUAUUGUUUUCUCAUCAAAAACCCACCUGGAGUUUCAUUCAGGUAGGUGUGAGUAAUCCUGCAAUCCUCCCGCCCCCUCAUCAGAGCAGAGAAAAUGAAUAUUUCCACUUUGUGAUGUCCAGGCUAAUUCUGAUCAUUUUAACACUCAUUUGACCUUCCCAAGAACUUUAGAGCGAGCAGCUAAUGUUUGAGCCUUUUAUCAACUGCUUAUCCCAUCGGUGCACAAGACUGGGGUGAGUUUUUGCGCCUUCUGUUGGUGAGAUGUGGUAUAUGUAAAAAAAAAAUCAAGACUAAAUUACCUUUUAAUUUUUUCCCCAUAAACUACUUUGGAUUCAAACACAAAAGUACAAUUCUUAAGUGUACAAAAGUAGUUCUGGAAGUGUAAAUAUAGCAUAAUACCAUUUAAGAAGGACUAUUUUUUUGUGUGUGUUUAGACCAUAGACUGUAUAAAGAAAUGGAUUAAGGAAGCGUCAAAUGAAGUUCAUGAGGAGAAUUUGGAGCUGAGUUCCAUAUUAGGAAUAGGAAUUGAUUGAUUGAGUUGAAUUGGUGAUUGAUGUAUUGAAAUAAAAACACUAGGAUCACGGAGAGCGGGUUAAUACAAACAUUUUAAGACCAAAAUGAGGAGCCCGACAGUCACAAUUACAGAGAGAGGGACAUCGUUUCAUUCAAUACGAAGUAAAUUGGAGUCAAAGUCGAUGGAGCCGGAAACACGCCCAUGCUCACUUCCUGUUUGGGACACGCCGACCAGCGGAUUACCUAUGUCCAUUUAUAUAUACAGUCUAUGGUUUAGACCAACCCACAGGACAAACCAAAAUGGAAGUAUGGACAUGAGCUUUAAGUAAUUAUCACUAUGUUUGUACGUUAUCUGCUUCUGUGUAAUAUUAGCCGUGUAUUUGUGCCAUAUCAUAUUUCUCUGUUUACAUAUUUAUUAACUCAUUUGUACAUAUGUAUUUUUGUAAUGUGUAU